UUGAAAAAGAAUUGUGAAUGACUGAAAACUGAUCUUUAUCUUAUUUCCUAUUUCAAACCCUGCAUGAUGCUCUCUGUCACUGUCUCCUCCUCCUCUGUCUGUCUGUCUGUCUUCUACGCAUCUGCAUGCUGUGACCUUUUAGUAUAUAGUAACUCUCUAUGUGCCAAUCAUUUCAGCAACUCAGAACUACUGUGAGAUCCCACACUUAGAGAGAAAAUGAAUGGUGACAAAAAGGUAACAUUUAGCAUGGAGGAGCUUUUUAAUUUUAGUGACUUCGAGGACUUAUACAAUUACAGCUACAACUCGAAUGGUGAAGGAACUGUGUGUGGUCAGGAGUCUAGCAUGUACUUUGAUUCCAUUUUUAUUCCGGUCCUUUACUCUCUGGCGCUAGUUGUGGGGCUGGUGGGAAAUGGGCUGGUUCUGGUGGUACUGUGGAAAAAGAGAAUGAGCUUGAAUGUUACCGAUAUCUUCAUCCUCCAUCUGAGUUUAGCAGACAUUCUGCUGCUGCUAACGUUGCCCUUCUGGGCUGUAGAGGCAGUUAAGGGGUGGAUCUUUGGCACGGCACUCUGCAAGCUGACUGGAGCUCUGUUCAAGAUCAAUUUCUACUGUGGAAUUUUCAUGCUUUCCUGCAUCAGUCUUGACCGCUACUUGUCCAUCGUUCAUGCAGUGCAGAUGUAUUCUCGUAAAAAGCCAGUGGUGACUCACUGUUGCUGCCUGAUGGUCUGGCUCUUCUGCCUUCUGCUCUCCAUUCCUGACUGGAAAUUCCUUGUGGCCGUUGAGGACACCAGACGUCAGGAUAAAACAGAAUGUGUUCCGUUUUACCCGUCUGAUUCUUGGCAUCUGGCCACUCGUCUGCUCUACCAUAUUUUGGGUUUCAUUCUUCCAGCACUAAUGAUCCUGUUCUGUUAUUAUCACAUCCUGCAGCGGCUGAAGCAUGGCUCCCAGUGCAAGCAGAAGAAGAGAGCCAUCCGUGUCAUUGUAACCCUGGUUCUAGCCUUCUUCAUCAGCUGGACUCCAUACAACAUCACUCUCAUCGUUGACACCAUACAAAGCAAUAAGACCAUCAAUCUCAGUAAACAAACAUCCUGUGAAAGUGCCACAGCAUUAGAUGUAGCUCUCACAGCUACAUCCACAUUGGGCUACUUACACUGCUGUAUCAAUCCAGUGCUUUACGCUUUCGUGGGGGUGAAAUUUCGCCAACACCUGCUAGAUAUGCUGAAACCGCUGGGCUUCACGCUGAUGGGACCAGCGGUUCUGGUGUCACGGAAGAGCUCUUUAUGGUCAGAGUCAGUGGACACCUCACACACAUCUGCUUUCUGAAAUAACAAAUGCCAUCAAUCUCAUACAGGUAUAUGUACAAUCAGUCAGCGUGUCAUCUUUUUAGCAUGCAACCUUUAACAUCUGUAUCAGUCAGAGGAGUUUGGCUUUAUGUACACAAGCGUUGCCAUUCACACCAAGGACGAUAACUAUAACAAUAACUAGUCUUAGUCUUAAUAAUCAUUAUAAUUUUAUGAGAAUAUGGAAGUCCACACCACGACUUUAACAAUAACAUUAUAUAGAGGAACAAUUUUAUUGGAAUCACUGGAGUGAUUUUCAAAAUGAUGAAUGUGAAAAAACAUAGACAACCAAUCAUAAUUCAUGGAACUUUAAAGAGCUCAAGCAUUUAAAGCUACAGAUGACAAAACUGUGGUGUACCUUUAUGAUAAACAAACUUUAUCGUUCGUUAGUGUGGACACUAAUAUUUAUCUUCAAAGUUAUCUUUAUAGUUAUUGUUCUUGGGGUGAACAGGUCUUAAGUCUCAUGCUUUUUAGUAUGCAGACUGCAUUAUAAACAUGAACAUAGAGCAGUCUUGUUUAAUCUUGCUUUCAGGAUAUUUCUCUUUGCACAUGUGGCAGCUACUGUAGGUUCUCAACUGUUUUGCAUCUCUCAAGCGUCAGUAUAUCCUUACAGCUCACACAUUUUAGAGACACAUAAAAAGUUUCUACUUUUGUUAUAAUGGCAGAUUUUUUUCCAACACUUUAGACUUUUGAAAAAGCAAAAAAAAAAAAAAAAAAAAAAAAAAACAACCUUUUUUAUUUUUUUUAUUUUACUAUUAUAUAUUGUUAUUGUGUGUAUUGUCUGAAGUGUUCCUGAUUUUGUUUGUUAAUUGUCUUGUUUUUUAUAGUUGUUGUUUUUUCUGUGAUGUUAUGUUUUUAAUCUUGAUUUGCUGUAAAUACAAAACAUCCUAUGUCAUGUGAAGCAGAACUGGGCAAACUUGUAUUUUGGUGCUUAUUGUCUUCUUAUAUGCUCCUGUAUUUUGAUAUAUAACUUAGUUGAACCUCCCAGUCUCUUUAUUUUUAAGCAUAAAACCUGUAGCUACAAUGUGAGAAGUCCUCUUUAAUGCUGUAAACUGGGAUAUAAUAAAAUACAAGAAAAAUUA